GAGAAAGCUAACCACAGCUUUUAUUUUCUUUAGUUCAAGUGUGGGUUUUUUAAAAAGUUUUUCAACUUUAUAGUUUUAUAAUCAAUGAAGAUGAGCAAUAAAUUAGUGAGAAUAAUUUUUGCAGCAUCUUGUUUACUUUUGUUUGGUGUUUUUUUUUUUUUGGAACAAAAUAAGUUGAAGCAUUUACCAAGGAUUAAGUUUCAUGUAAAUUCAAGUGCACUGUCUGCAGUCACAGUAAAUAAUACGAAACUGGAAUAUAAAAACAUCUUUUCAACUGAGGAACUCGAUUGUAAAAGUUUUGUUUACGAUGCUUCCGAAUGGACGUUAAGAUACCAAAAGUUAAACGAAACUUUUAAUGAAAGUAACAACAGCAAAAAUGAGUUUGAUUGUAAAAACGAUUUUCUCAAGUUGUUAAACAGUAAGAGCGUAAAACGUAUCGUGUACAGUAACAAUUAUGUUGAAAACCGUGGUUGCACAAAAUAUACAGCUCAAUGCGAAGAAAGUGCUUAUUUUGACUCUACAUUAAAAAAAAGAAUAAACACGCCUCCUUGUUGCAGAGAAAAGUUGUUAGAGAUGUUAAACCAUUUUACAAAAGAGCUUCAAGAACUGCAUAUUACACAUAUGUUAGCAUUUGGAUCCGUUCUUGGAUGGGCUCGAAAUGGAAAAAUGGUUCCAUAUGACGAGGACAUUGAUUUAAUACUUGAUAAAGAAUUUUGGAAAACUCCAUUGUUUUACAAUUUUACAAACAAACUAGAAACAAAAUAUGGAUACAAAACAUUUUUCACUGAUAAUGGAGCAAAGUUAAAGAUAUGCUAUAGCCAAACUAAUUAUAACACAAUUGAUGUAUGGCCUUUUGAAAUUAAUAAACGUGGAAAGAUUGCCGAGGUAUCAGUUCCACAUAAUGAUUGGAAAAAACAACCUUUAGAAAACCUUUUCCCAGAACGAUAUGUAAAUUUUGAUAAUGUAAUGACAUUUGUACCACGUGAUACAAAUAGUUAUUUAAACAUUUUGUAUACUAAUUGGACGACUGAACUAGAUUGCUCAUAUAAAGAAGACAAUAAAUGUGUUAACAAGGAAAAUUAACACGUUAAAGCAUUUCUUUCCUUUGAAAAUCGAGUUGCUAUUAUAAUAAUUGCAUAAAAUAAACUUUAUAAAUCGAAAGAUUAACGAUUGUCCAAAAAUCAGUCAUACGAAGAUUUAAGUAAACAAUUAAACAAUAGUAACCAAAAGAACAAAGAAUGUGAGUGUGUGUGUGUGUGCGUGCGUGUAUGUUUUUGUGAGUAUGAGUAGUUGUGUGUGUGUGCUGGUAAGUGAAUUGUAAGGCAUUUAAGAACUUUGUAUUUUUUUUUUACAAAAUAAUAAAAAUUGAAAUUCUGCUUUAUAAAAAUAA